UUUACCGCUCAAAGCGGAGUCCGCCAGCGGGGCUCCAUCACAUCAUCAUCUGGGGGGCAGCAUGCGCAGGCUCCUGGAGAGCAGCUGGCGGCGCUUUGGCCCCGCGGGUCGCGGUUCGUACGACUGGGUGACGCCGGCGCCCUCUGCGCGCGAGCAGCAGGGAUUUAAUUGGAACGACCUAGGCGACGACAGAAAGUAUGAGCUGCUGGUGUACGUGGUCCUCCCAGCAGUGUCUGUUCUCCUGCUGGUCCUGGUGGCGGUCGUGGUGUUCCGUCGCUGCUCCGCCUCCACCCCUAAGCUCAGCCUGGCCAACGUGAUCACAUUGGACCUGCAGGACGGCGAGAGCGGGGCAGAGAUCUUGUCGUCGCUGACCCGUAAUGCCGAACGCCACGCCAGCACCAGCUCGACGGGCUCGGACGGGGUCUUUGUCAUGGUCUACCUGCCGCCACCCUACGAGGAGACGCUUACCAAGAUCACCAGGGCCGCAAGCCUCAGCAGCUCCAAGGACGCCGAGUCGAUCAAGAUCGAGGACCUGGAGGCCAAGCUGUGCCCGGAGAUCAAGUCCAGCGGACGAUAUGUGUGACCAGAUGUUCCUGUUUCAGUUUGUGACUUUGAUUUUGUCAUAUCUCGGACCCCGCUUCUGCACUCAAGUCAGUUCCUCGCAGUAAUCCACACAACACUUUUUAUUACUGCAAUCCACCCUCCAUCACAGCUUUUCAGUCCUGCUGUGUUACUUUACAAUACGUUUGUUCUGUCCCCCAUUUAUUUUGAGUGUAAAAAAAACAACAACUUGAAACACUGUCAAUUUGCCUAAAUGCGAAGAAUGAAAACAGGAAGCACUUCAGCUCAGCCUAUUAUUUUU